AUGGUUGGAGGCAAUCCUGAACAUGAUGCAUACGGUUUUCGUUACUGGAAUCAUCCGGGACCCUUUGCGGAAUACCUGUCAGGCGGUGCUAUGGGUCGCUGGGAAGGCUUCCUAGGAGCUCUAUGGGCAGCUAGUUUUGCCAUUGUUGGCCCGGAAUACAUGGCAAUGGUUGCUGGAGAGGCUAAGCUGCCUCGUAUCACCGUUAAACGCGCUUUCAAAUCGGUAUACAUCCGUUUCGGUAUCUUCUUUAUCGGCGGUGCUCUCUGUGUGGGCAUUGUAAUUCCUUACAAUGACAAGACUCUCAUUGCCAACGAGGGCAGUGGUACUGGCGCUGCCUCCCCUUACGUUAUUGCAAUGCAGAAUCUUGGGGUUUCAGGUCUUCCACACCUAGUAAACGCAUUGUUAUUCACAUCUAUCUACUCUGCCGGAGAUGCUUACACUUAUUGUGCCUCGCGAACUCUACACGGUCUUGCUCAUGACGGUCAUGCACCUGCGUUUUUGAAAAAGUGCACCAAACAAGGUGUCCCGGUCUACUGUCUACUUAUCACUAUGAUAUUCCCUCUCCUGUCACUGCUACAGUUGUCUAAUGGCGCUUACGUUGUUUUGAAUUGGCUCGUGAACAUUGUUACUGCUGGCGGUAUUAUCGAUUACAUCGUCAUCUGUGUCAAUUAUAUCUUCUUCUACCGAGCCUGUGUCACGCAAGGAGUCGACCGUCGCGAGCUUCCUUAUUACGGCUACUUUCAACCUUGGAGCACUGUCUUCGCUCUCUGCUUCGAAGUUUGCGUCGUAGUGUGUUACGGCUAUGUCAAUUUUAUGCCUGGGCGGUUCUCUGUUAGUUCUUUCUUCACUCACUACGCUAUGGUGUUUCUCGCUAUCCUUACGUUCUUCGGUUGGAAGAUCAUCAAGCGAACCAACUUUGUCAAGCCCCAUGAGGCUGAUCUGGUUUGGGAUCGUCCGGCCGUUGAGAGAUAUGAACUGACUACCCUGGAUCGCGAUGUUGGUUUCUGGAGGGAAAUGUUGGAGUUGCUCCGUAUCAAAAAGAAGGCGGUAGGAGCAUUCGCUAUCAACACCAAUGGAGCCCUAUCCAUUUCAAUUCAACGCCGCGGAGAUAACCAAUCCUCACCUACCGUUCGAGCAGUCAGACGUGAAAUUGCACCUGAAAAAUGUCCGCGGCCGUAUUCCAUCGCUCCGGACAUCUCGGCUGCGGAGUCUAUAUUAGAGGCAUACGGGGACCCUGAGAAAAUCUUAGCUUUUCCCUGCUCUUACGACGGACUUUCGUCUCGCUUGGUACAGCAGGCUGGCUUCCCGAAUAUAUUCAUAUUCGGUUUUCAAGUGGCAAGUGCACAUGGGCUACUAGAUACUGGGUACAUUGCCAUGCAAGAAAUGUGUGAUAAGAUUCAAGAAAUUUCAAGGCUGAUCACUAUACCGAUCAUGGCGGACGGCGAUAUUGGCUACGGUAGUCCCAUGAAUGUACGGCGCACCGUGGAAGCAUGUGCAAAAGCAGGUGCCGCAGGUCUCAUGAUCGAGGACCAGACCUGGCCAAAGCGCUGUGGUCAUACAAUUGGCAAAACCGUCGUCUCUCGUGAAGAAGCUUAUGCGCGAAUACGAGCCACUUGCGAUGCUCAUGGUCAGGGCCAGGGCAUUUUCAUAUGGGCAAGAACAGACGCCUUAAUUAUUAGCUGGGAAGAAGCGAUUGCUCGUGCUAAGGAGUUCAAGCACAUAGGAGCCGAUGCUAUCUUCGUCAAAGCCCUGCCCGAUCGUGCUGCUAUGAAGAAGUCCAAAGAGCUUGCUGAGCUAGGCUUUGCUGCUGCUGCAUAUCCAUGGACACUUGUGGCAGCUAAGUUGAAGAGUAUUCGCGAUGCCUUGGAAAGCUUGAAGCGGAAUGUGACAGUAGGAGCACCGAAAAUGAUACUUUCCUACGAUGAGGUUGUAAAAGGUGUUGGGUUCAAUGAUUACUGGAAGGAAGAGCAGAAGUACAAAUACUAG